AUGUCAGAGAGCAAUGAGAUGACCAUCAACCUUGUUGUCGUUGGAAGAACUCAAACUGGCAAAAGUGCUGCUGGGAACAGCCUGCUUGGCAGCUCAGACUUUGAGAGUCAUUGCUCCCCAAGUUCUGUGACUACAUGCUGCAGCCUUGGGCACAGCUGUCGGAUUUUGGGGAUUAUACGAAGAAACGGCUGCGAGCUAGCUCUCCGUGUUCGAGUACUUGACACUCCAAGCUACCCUCACACUGGUCUGAGCAAAGAGCGGGUGAGAGACACAGUGAGAUCGGCCCUGGCUCACCACUUUGGGGAGGAAGGCCUGCAUCUAGCUCUCUUGGUCCUGAGGGCUGACUUGCCUCUGUGUCCAGAUGAAAGCCACCACACAAUUCAGUUCAUCCAGGAACUUCUGGGUCCCACAUGGAAGGAUUUCACUGCAGUUCUACUUACUCAUGCAGACAAGGCAGAAGAGGCUGGAUUCAGUGAGGAAGCAUACUUGCACAGUGCCUCCAGUACACUGUUGUCACUUUUGAGCUUAGUACAGCAUAAGUACAUUUUCCUAGACAACCAGAAGAGCAUAAUUAAAGAGGAAAGAGCUACUGUCUUAAGAAAGCUCCUGAAUUUUAUAAGACAAAAUAAUUAUCAAGUGCUUCUACUUAAACACAACAAGGAAUAAAAUUAGCUUUCAGGUGCUCCUUUGUCUAUUUUCUAUGGUAGGUAACAUUUAAUAGAGUAGAAGCCAUCAAAUGGAAAAUUCCACAUCCAUACCAAACACCUCUGAAGACACAGUUGCAAAUA